CCCGACCACGAAACAUCUAUUAUAUUCCCAACGUCCAUUUGACUGCAAAGUAGAGCGUAUACCAGCGUCUAUAUCUGCCGUCAACUCUCUCCUCAAAGCACGGCAUUACACCCGUCGAUCAGGAAAAACCAACCGCUGGGAAAUAUCAACUCGCGACGAUCUCAACCCACACAUACCCUUAGAUCACAAUGGCGUCCAGACAGGGAAACCCGCUGCCUAUCGGAGGUACAAGAACCUCGGGUGCUGAAGUCAGGGCACAAAAUGUCUUGGCUGCGCUUACUGUCGCCAACGUGGUGAAAAGUUCAUUAGGUCCCGUCGGCUUGGACAAGAUGCUCGUGGAUGACAUCGGAGACGUGACGAUCUCCAACGACGGAGCGACCAUCCUGAAGCUCCUGGAAGUCGAGCACCCCGCCGCUCGCGUCCUGGUAGAGCUGGCUCAACAACAGGACAAAGAGGUCGGAGACGGCACAACGUCUGUCGUCAUCAUUGCCUCGGAGCUCUUGAAACGCGCAAACGACCUGGUAAAGAACAAGAUCCACCCCACGACCAUCAUCUCUGGAUACAGGCUCGCGAGCAAGGAGGCUGUCAAGUUCAUUGUGGAUCAGAUGACGGUGAAGGUGGAUGCUUUGGGCCGUGAAUGUCUGAUAAAUGUCGCGAAGACUACCAUGUCCUCGAAGAUCAUCGGAUCUGAGGACGAGUUUUUCGCGGAUCUUGUUGUGGAUGCUAUCACGGCCGUCAAGACUGUGAACUACAAGGGAGAAGCCAAGUAUCCCGUCAAGGCUGUGAACAUCUUGAAGGCGCACGGAAAGUCUGGCAAGGAGUCGCUGCUGAUUAAGGGUUACGCGCUCAACUGCACUGUUGCGUCGCAAGCUAUCAAGACAAAGGUCGUCGGAGCAAAGAUCGCAUGUCUCGACAUGAACCUGCAAAAGGCGCGUAUGCACCUUGGUGUCAAUAUCGUUAUCGACGACCCCGACAAGCUUGAGGCUAUCCGAAGGAGGGAGAUUGAGAUCACAACGGAGCGUAUCCAGAAGAUUCUGGCGACGGGAGCCAACGUUAUUCUUACCACCAAGGGUAUCGAUGACUUGUGCCUGAAGCUUUUCGUGGAGGCUGGCGCUAUGGCUGUGCGUCGUGUCAAGAAGGAGGACUUGAAGCGGAUCGCCAAGGCUACGGGAGCUACCUUGGUCGCAACACUGGCAAAUUUGGAGGGAGAAGAGACGUUUGACGCGGCAUACCUUGGAAACGCCGAAGAAGUCGUCCAAGAGCGCAUCUCUGACGACGAGUGCAUUUUGGUCAAGGGCACCAAGGUCCACUCCUCUGCCUCCAUCAUCCUGCGUGGAGCCAACGACUACAUGCUGGACGAGAUGGAGCGAUCUGUCCACGAUUGCCUGUGUGCCGUCAAGCGUACGCUGGAGAGCAACGCCGUCGUUCCUGGUGGCGGUGCUGUCGAGAGUGCCCUCUCUAUCUACUUGGAGAACUUUGCCACUACCCUGGGAUCUCGUGAGCAACUCGCCAUUGCGGAAUACGCCAACGCCUUGCUGAUCAUCCCCAAGACAUUGGCCGUCAAUGCCGCGAAGGAUGCCACUGACUUGGUCGCCAAGCUCCGCGCGUACCACAACGCCGCGCAGAAUGCCGGCGGGGACAAGUCGAAGCAGGCUCUGAAGUGGUACGGCCUCGACUUGAUCAAGGGUGUUCCGAGGGAUAACCUCAAGGCAGGAGUCCUCGAGCCCGCCAUGUCCAAACUCAAGUCGCUCAAGGCCGCCACGGAGGCUGCUAUCGCGUUGUUGAGGAUAGACGAUAUGAUCAAGAUAGAACCCGAGCAGCAGGAGCAGGACCCACACGGUCACUAAGCCCAAGCUCUUUCUACAAAACUGGACUGACACGCUGUCUUCCCCGGUGUCUGUCGCCGUAUAAACUAUUUGUAAAGAAAAACGGUAGUGGGGGUUGGUUACAUGGAUUGGCGGGCCGUGGGAGAUUAUGAUUAUGUACAGUUGACAGUUUUCGAGAGAAAAACUGCGUAAAUGACGACUUGGGGAUAUGUAUGUAAUUUGAGGGGAUGUUUGUUAUGAAACUUGUGUCGUGUGGGAUUGAGGUGGGGCUUUUAGUGCACGAUGAUUUUGCCGAAAGGGAACGCCCCGACGAAUCCGAGCUUCCAGUGCUCGUAGGCGAAUGGGAGGCCUGUUGGGUUGCGCAUCAGACGGGAGUUGGAUGAGGAGAGUUCGCAGAUACAAACGGUUGAUGUGGUGGAGAACGUACCAAUAAUAGUCACCGCGAAAAUCAACGACAGCAGAAAAUGAAACAGUGCAAUAAUCCAUCC